UUUAUUUUGCUGGAAAUUACCUAAAGGUUCAACGUUCUGAAGCCUGCCUUCAUUUCGCCUAAGCCGAGUAAAUCAGUUUCCAAGUUUAGUUUCAUUGACUUCAUGCAUUAAAUGUGAAUUCUUCUUGGGUUUCCAUGGCAAGUAGUGUAUAUAAUAAUCACCCAGAGCGUAAUCUUUUAUUUAGCACAUUAGGUAGCAUUAAUCUUACAUUGAAAGUGACCAAAUGAAAGCCAGACUCCAAGGGUCUAAUCCAAGGAAGUCAGGGAAUUCUAGCGUCCAAAGACACUGCUUGAAAGGCAGAUGACUUGGUUUACAAUCUGCAAUUGUUAGUUUUGUGUCUUUCAUCUACUUGUUUGGGAGGAUUGAAGUAAAUACGGAGCACUGAAGCACAAAAAUGAGAAGCAUGAAGAAAUCGGUUGAAGGAUUUUCUUUGCUGUUUUUGCUUGGAAUCCUGUGUUUGACUCCGAAGAUUGCCAGUGUCACAGACACCUUGGCAUUAACUCAAUCCAUCAAAGAUGGUGAAACGAUGAUCUCUGCCGGCGGGAGCUUUGAACUUGGAUUUUUCAGCCCAAGCCAGUCGACUAAUAGAUACGUGGGUAUAUGGUACUACAACGAUGUAUCAAUCCAAACCGUGGUUUGGGUUGCCAACAGAGAAGUUCCACUAGUCAAUACAUCUGGUGUAUUGGAGGUUAUCAAGCCAGGACUUCUUGUUCUUCGCAAUGGUAAUAAUGACAUCAUAUGGUCGUCUUCUAAUUCAUCAAUUUCUGUACAGAAUCCAGUUGCACAGUUGCUAGACACCGGAAAUCUUGUAGUCAAAGAUGCAACUGAUGAUAAACCAGAGACAUUCCUGUGGCAGAGCUUCCAUCAUCCAACUGACACGUUUCUACCAGGGAUGAAGCUGGGUCGGAAUUUUGUUACUGGCCUGGAGGUUCACGUCUCAGCGUGGAAGAGUUACGAGGAUCCAGCUCCGGGACAAUAUACAUAUAGUUGUGAUCCUAGCGGAUAUCCACAAAAUUCCGUGAAAAAGGGAUCUGUUUUGCAGUACCGCACUGGACCAUGGAACGGGCAAGGAUUUAGUGGAGUGCGAGGCUUGAGAAAAAAUCCCAUAUUCUCCUAUGAAGUAGUUCUCAAUAGCCAGGAGGUUUACUAUAGUUACAAGCUCCUCAGCUCCACUAUUACAAGGUUUACCUUGAGUCAAAGUGGUGUGGGACAGCGCUGGACGUGGGAUAAUGUAACUCAAAGUUGGACAUUAUACCUGUCCGCGCCAACAGAUAACUGUGACAGUUAUGGAUUAUGUGGCGCUUAUGGAGUUUGCGACGUUGGGAAUUCUGCUACAUGUGGAUGUCUAGACAAAUUUGAACCAAAGUAUCCGGAGAGAUGGGCUGAGGGGUAUUGGUCAAGUGGCUGCAAUCGCAAGAUACAGCUGGAUUGUCACAAGGGAGAUGUAUUUGUGAAGUAUUCUGGCUUUAAACUACCAGAUACACAUAACUCAUCAUAUGAUAGGAACAUAUCACUCGAGGAAUGCAGAACCGUAUGCUUGGAGAACUGCUUUUGUACAGCUUAUUCAAGUUUAGACAUAAGCAAUGGAGGAAGUGGAAGUGGGUGUUUGCUCUGGUUUGGAGAUUUAAUUGACCUGAGAGUCAUAAAUGAUGCUGGGCAAGAUAUUUACAUUAGGAUGGCUUCUUCCGAGUUCGUCUCCUUGAAUGGAUCGAAUGGAAAGAAAAGAGUAUUUGUCAUAAGUUUGUCACUAUCUCUUGGUGUGGUUCUAUUGGCCUUCAGCUUCAUUUUGUUUCUUCAGAUAAGGAAAAAGAGAUAUCCAAAGCUGGGAAAACGAGAAAUUCCAGGACAUAUCCUUGACAGGGAUCACACAAACCAUGAGAAAGAUUUCGAGCUGCCUCUUUUUGAGUUGUCUACGAUAAUUAAAGCCACCAAUAACUUCUCAGACGGUAACGAGCUUGGGCAGGGUGGCUUUGGACUUGUUUACAAGGGUCUCCUAGAGGAGGGACAGGAAGUUGCUAUCAAGCGACUUUCAAAAACAUCUGCGCAAGGACCAGAUGAAUUCAAGACAGAAGUCAUAUGCAUCGCCAAACUUCAGCAUCGGAAUCUUGUGAGGCUUCUUGGCUGUUGCAUUGAAGAAGCUGAAAAGAUCCUGAUCUAUGAAUACAUGGCCAACAAAAGCCUGGAUUUGUUUAUAUUUGAUCGAGAAAACAGCAAGGUACUUGAUUGGCCUAAGCGCUUCAGCAUUAUCCAAGGCAUUGGUCGUGGAAUUCUCUACCUUCAUCAAGAUUCCCGGCUUCGAAUCAUACACAGGGAUAUCAAAGCAUCCAAUAUUUUGUUGGAUGCUGAUAUGAACCCCAAAAUAUCAGACUUUGGAACAGCUAGAAGUUUUGGAGGGAAUGAGACAGAGGCCAACACCUGCCGCAUAGUUGGAACACAUGGCUACAUGUCUCCAGAAUAUGCAGGAGAUGGGCUCUUCUCAGUAAAAUCAGAUGUAUAUAGCUUUGGAGUCCUAGUACUAGAGACCAUCAGCGGUAAGAGAAACAGACCAUUUCUCCAUCAAGGCUGCCACCUCAACCUUCUUGGACAUGCAUGGAAGCUUUACAAAGAAGGAAGGGAACUGGAAUUAGUCAACUCGCACAUAGUCAACUCGUGUCAUCCAUUGGAAGUGCUUCGAUCAAUUCAUGUAGGGCUGCUAUGUGUUCAACAAUGUCCAGAUGAUAGGCCUGACAUGUCUACAGUGAUUUUCAUGUUAGGAAAUGAAGUAGUUCUGCCUGAAGCUAAACAGCCUGGGUUUUUCUUAGAAAGCAAUAUAGUAGUCAAUGCUGAAAUGAGCAUCACACUACUCGAAGCAAGAUGAGGAGUAAAUCGCAUCAGAUACUUCUCAUAAGGUUCUCUGAACUCAUAUUCAUAAAGCGACUAUUCAUGCUUGCAAUCAUUGGACAAAAUCUGCUUUACUUUGUUUUUGUGUGUACUUGUACAAGGUCUGUACAUUACCAAGUCUUCGAAAGGAAAGACAGUACAAGGCACCCUCAUCAUUUUUCUUGUUACCAAAGCAUACAUGAAGCAACAAAAUUUUUGCAGAAUGCUUCAACUAUUAGUGAUGGAUUGUACUCUUUUGUUUUGUCCUUCAGCUGCAUUCUAAGAAAAUGAUAUACCAUUGUACGAUUAAAAGCUUC